AUGGCUGACUCCCCUGACACAGUACUCAGGAAUGGGUUGAACAACAGAUACCGUGUGUUGGAAGUCAGUGUGAUACAGAGAAACGGAGGUGACCCUGAGAAACACUUGGCAAUUACAGCAUCUCAGUCACUGGAGCAUACAGAACUGUGCAUUCUUAGGAAUGGCUGGGAAUCUGUUCCAGUUGUUCCAGGAGACAUCGUUCAUUUAGAAGGGGAGUGUAGCUCCGGUACCUGGGUCAUAAAUGAACAGUCUGGAUACCUGGUUCUUUACCCAGAUCUGCUGCUUUCUGGCACUACAAUAUCAAAUAGUAUUCGAUGUAUGAGAAGAGCAGUGCUGAGUGAAAGGUUUAGGGGCUCAGAGUCUGGUUCACGCCAAACGCUCGUUGGUACAAUUCUUCAUGAAAUCUUCCAGCAAUCAGUAACAAAUAACUUGGCCCAAGAAAAAGUAGAAGAACUAGCAAAGAAAAUUGUGCAUGGACAAAAGUAUCUGAAAGAAAUGUAUCACUUACGCCUGAAACCAACAGAAAUAAUGCAGGAAGUGGAAGAAUAUUUGCCAUCGUUUUUCAAAUGGGCAGAAGACUUCAUGCACAAUCCAGCUAACCAAAAUAAAAUGCAACUAAAACUGUCAGGUGGUGGAAAAUCAGACAAUUUCUCCUCAAAGGUACAGGUGGUUGAUAUCUUAGACAUUGAAGAGAAUAUCUGGUCUCCCAGGUUUGGGCUGAAAGGGAAGAUUGAUGUUACAGCCAGAGUGAAAAUCCAUUGCCAGUCUGGAGAGCAGUCUAGGGUGAUGCCAUUGGAGCUCAAGUCUGGCAAGGAAUCCAACUCCGUAGAGCACAGAAGUCAGGUUAUUCUGUACACGUUGUUGAAUUUGGAACGGAGAGUAGAUCCUGAAGCUGGAUUUCUCCUUUAUCUUAAAACUGGUACCAUGUACCCUGUUUCUGGAACUCGCAUGGACCGGAGAGAAUUAAUGAAGUUAAGAAACCAUGUGGCCUUCUACUUAAUGCACAGUACUCAUAAAUCUGCUGUGGGACAACAGCAGUCACAGCUUGCUGCUCUGCCUCCUGUAACUGAUGACAGCCAAGCCUGUAAAUAUUGCUCCCAAAUGCACAACUGCUUUCUAUACAGCAGAGCUGUAGAAGAGAAGAUUGGCAGUGUGUCUUUUCCUCCUGCUAUGGUACCCAUUAUUGAAAGGGAGACCCAGCACCUGAAACCCUCACAUUUAGAGUAUUUCAGCCUGUGGUAUUUAAUGUUAACACUGGAGCUGCAAAGUGGAGAGGGUAAAAAGGGUUAUAAAAAUGUAUGGAUGUUACCUUCAUUGGAAAGAGAAAAGGCUGGAGAUUGUGUUGGGAACAUGAUCAGAGUUGAUGAAGUGCAUGAAAUCUCCGAGGGACAGUAUCUACAUUUUUUCCAACGUAGACAUGGUGCCAUACCUGGAACAAACCUAUUGGUUGGUGAUCGAGUGGUUGUGAGUGGAGAGGAAAAUGGUUUACUUGGUCUGGCUACUGGCUAUGUUAGAGAAGUCAGUGUGACAAAAGUCUCCUGUUUGUUGAGCAGGAAUUUGUCAAAGUUCCCCAAAAACACCAUAUUUAGGUUGGAUCACGAAGAAGGAGAUUUUGGUAUAGGAGUCCCCUUUGAAAAUCUUUCUAAAUUGAUGAAAGAUUCCCCAGUCAGUGAAAGGCUCCGCAACUUGAUAAUUGACUUCCAGAAACCACGUUUUAUUCAGCAUUUAAGCUCUGUCCUUCCUCCAGAAGCAAAGGAAACUGUUGCAAAUAUUUUAAAGGGUCUGAAUAAGCCUCAGAAACAGGCAAUGAAACAAGUUCUACUUUCAAAGGACUACACACUUAUUGUGGGUAUGCCUGGAACAGGAAAAACUACUACAAUUUGUGCUCUGGUGAGAAUUCUUUCUGCUUGUGGCUUCAGUGUUCUUCUGACUAGUUUUACACACACUGCUGUGGACAACAUGCUGCUGAAACUGGCCAAAUUCAAAGUGGGCUUCCUGCGCUUGGGGAGGGCUCAGAAGGUUCAUCCGGAUAUACAGAAAUUUACAGAAGAAGAAAUUUGCAGGUCCAAAUCAGUUAAAUCUGUCACAGAUUUGGAAGAGAUCUAUAAUAGUCAGCCAGUGGUAGCAACGUCUUGCAUGGGAGUAAAUCACCCCAUCUUUGUUCAUAAGCAAUUUGAUUUCUGUAUAGUUGAUGAAGCUUCCCAGAUAAGCCAGCUCAUCUGUCUGGGCCCACUGUUCUGCUCCAAAAGGUUUGUGCUCGUAGGGGAUCAUGAGCAGCUGCCUCCACUUGUGCUGAAUGCAGAAGCCAGAGAUCUUGGCAUGAGUGAAAGCUUAUUUAAAAGGCUGGAAAAAAACCAAAAUGCUGUUGUCCAGUUAACCGUACAGUACAGGAUGAAUAGUAAAAUUAUGUCAUUGAGUAACAUGUUAGUGUAUGAAGGCAAACUGGAAUGUGGCUCAGAGAAGGUGUCAAAUGCCACUGUUAACUUGCCCAACCUAAAAAAAUUGAAACUGGAGCUUGCAGAUGCUUCAAAAACAUGGUUGAAAGAAGUACUUGAUCCAGACACACCUGUGUGUUUUCUGAACACAGAAAAGGCUGGUUGUAAACCUUCAGACAUUGGCGUUAUAUCACCAUACAGACAUCAGUUAAAAACAAUCACUGAUUUGAUGGCAAAACUGAAGGAGAACAGAGUGGAAGUCAACACAGUAGACAAAUACCAAGGAAGAGACAAAAGUAUCAUAAUCGUGUCUUUUGUUAGGAACAGUAACGACGAAAAUCUUGGUGCCCUCCUGAAGGACUGGCGGCGUCUGAACGUUGCUAUCACCAGAGCCAAGCACAAACUGAUCAUGGUGGGCUGUGUUCCAACCCUGCGUCGCUACCCUCCUUUGGAGAAGCUGCUCUGCCAUUUGCAGUCUCAGGCCAUGCUCUUUCAUCUUCCAGCGGGGGCUCAUGAAAGUAUCCACAAGUGUAACAUUUUGUGA